CGGCGGUUCCAGCUCGCUCAGUACCAGUGCCUGCUGGUGAAGUACGCCAAGGACACGCGCUACGGCAUCUCUGGCGUCUCCACACAUGACAAGAACACCAUGGAGGCCCUGCCAGCCUGCCUCCUCAAGGACGUGUACCAGGAGGCGCUGGGCUCUGCGGUCAUCGGCAUUGAUGAGGGCCAGUUCUUCCCAGACAUCGUGGAGUUCUGCGAGAUGAUGGCCAAUGCUGGGAAAACCGUCAUUGUUGCUGCUCUUGAUGGGACUUUCCAGAGAAAGGCCUUCGGGAGCAUCCUGAACCUGGUGCCGCUGGCAGAGAGUGUGGUGAAGCUGAACGCUGUGUGCAUGGAGUGCUACCGAGAAGCCUCCUACACAAAGAGGCUGGGAGCAGAGAGGGAGGUUGAAGUGAUUGGAGGAGCAGACAAGUACCACUCUGUCUGCCGAGCCUGUUACUUCCGCAAGCGACAUCAGCAGCCUGGGUCGGAAAACAAGGAGAACGUGCCCAUGGGGGUGAAGCAGCUGGACGUGGCUGCCUCCCGGAAGAUCUUUGCUUCUUGACUGCUGGGCUCCCCCAUGGGGAAAAACAAGAGGAAGGAAGCUAAAUGCUGUGGCUCCCAGAUGCUAGAUCUGGCUUCCCCCGCUUUUAGCAAAACUGUUAAAUGUCUUAGCUCUACCUGCCAAACCAAGCCGCUGUCCCUCUGCACCGAGCACCAGGAAAGAGGAGGAUCAACUGGACCUGAUGCCGGGGGGGAGCUGAAGCGGGAGCCUGACUAAAAGUGAGUUCCUUUCUCAGAACACAGAAAAGAGACAGGUGUAGUUACUGAUGCUGCCACACAAACAGGUCCUGGAAAACUGUCACAGCAAGCCAGGCCGCAGGGCUUCCAUCGCUCGCCAUAGUUCUGGCCUGCUCUCCUGGUCUUCUGUGUACGUUCAGACUGGCACUGGUGGCUGGUUCGCUUGCCUGUGACCACAACUGCUUCUUUCUCUUGUGCACUGUUGCUAAAUUCCAGGUUUCUUAAGACAAUGUGCAGUAACUUAGUAUUUUAAACCCACUUCCUUUUUUAACGCAGUUUGAGGAGAUAACCCGUUCCUUGUCGUAGAGCUGUGGCACAACUUUUCAACUGACACACGUAUCAGCAGCCUGGCCCUCAGCAGUCCUUUUGAAUGAUCGUGCACGGCUUGUCUGUUUGCCGUUACGCCCACUUGCUGUAACUGUCUUGUAAAUUUUUAUUGAAACAAAGGGGGGGGGGGACGACGGCCUGACAGUAGGCUCUUCCUAGCUUUUGAACUUUAAAAGGGCUAGCAGCAGUCUAGUAGUAGUCUGUGUAUUAAAACAGUCCUUCUGGAAGAACUAGACGUUCACUUUGGGAAGAGCCUCCUCUCCAAAAUCAGGGUGUUUUUGCUCAGGUCCAAGCUUGGUGCUGCCACUUCGGUGCUUAGUUACCUGUGAAGGGUUUGGAGGCUCAGGACUUAAUCUGUAAAGGUUUGGGCUACUGUUUCUGCGAAGAUCCAGCUACUUGGAAAAGGGUCUCUGAGUGUAUGGUUCUCAACUCUAGUCAUGUAUCUUGCUCCCUCCUGAGCCUUCCAAAAAUUCUCGAGGCUGAUUCUUCCUCUGCUGUAAGUUGACUGAAGGAUCCUCUUCCCCCUUUGUUUGACUUGGCUUCUGGAAGGUUUUUUGGGUGGGUUGUUUGUUUUUUUUUUUUUUUUCUUUUUGCAAAAGUCCAUUUCCCUGUAAGCCAGCUCUUGGUUCCGGCCAGGUUAAAUCUCCAUGUGCAAAUGCAAUGCUCUCUGUUUGCCUACACCCUCCAGUGAGGAUGAGGCACCUCCCUAGAAGGUUACAAGAGCCAUCUGAAACCCCCUGCUCCCUCUGCGUUACUUGAAGCGAUGACAGUUGUAGUACUCACAAGCACUUGAUUGCCAGGCCUGGGCUUUCCCCUUAGGGACGGGGAAAGCAGCACUGCUACUGGUUUAGGUUAAUAAAUAACU